UUCAUACUGGUGAAAUAUCAUUUACUAUACAAAACCUUAACUAUAAUAAUAUUUUAGGGAUAUGUGUGGCCACUGUUUUAGUGUUUUUUUCCCCUGAAAUUUGUGAGCCAAUCAAUAGUAAGCUUAAGCUAUGGUAUAAAACAAAGUGGAUAGAUUAGUAAGUGGUUGCUUGGUGGUGGUGUGCCAUGGCGUCUCUUCUCAAAGUAUCUUCCUUUAUCUCUCCUCUGCACCAUAAGUUGAAUUAUGUCAGCUUUUCUCCCAAAUUCAACCAUGUUAGUGUAAGAAAUGAGAGAUGGAAUGCUCCCAGCAUCACGGUAAAAGCUCAGACAGCUGUUGAAGGUGAUGUAAUUAACAAUGAAUCACUCUCUUCCAAUGAACAAAGCGAUUAUGGGGUUGUUAGUGUUCACCACGUUGGAAUUUUAUGUGAAAACCUAGAAAGAUCACUUGACUUCUAUCAAAACGUUCUAGGUCUGAAGAUAAAUGAAGCAAGGCCUCAUGAUAAGCUUCCAUACAGGGGUACUUGGUUGUGGGUAGGGUCUGAGAUGAUUCACUUGAUGGAACUUCCAAAUCCUGACCCUUUAACUGGAAGACCUCAACAUGGUGGUCGAGAUCGUCACACUUGCAUUGCAAUCCGAGAUGUUUCUAAGCUCAAAGCAAUCCUUGAUAAAGCUGGUGUCCCCUACACACUUAGUCGUUCUGGAAGACCAGCAAUUUUUACUCGUGAUCCCGAUGCCAAUGCUCUAGAGUUUACACAAAUAGACGACUAAUGUUUUUGGCGUCUGCAAAACAAAUGAGUAGAAGAUAGAAAUAAAUGUACAGAUGAUUGUAUGAAGUAUAUAUGUAAAGGCGGAACAAAGUUGCUGAGUUUCUUUACUACAGAUAGGAGCCAUGGUGUACAACCCCUAGUAGCAAAUGCUCUCAAGACAUUAUUGGAAGGCCAAAUGAGAAUGUUAAGACAGUGAUUGUGGACCAUUUCAGUGGAUGGAGGACUAUGUUUGCGGAAAGAAAAAUACAGAGCCUUUGUGGCAUGGGUGAAUUGCACACCAUAGUGUGAUUAUUAUUAACCGUUUUGUUCCUUCUGUACUUUCCUCAUCUACUUUUUGCAAGUUUGUUAUUCGGCUAGCUUGAUGUAUUCGCUUUAUAAGUGCUGGAACCAAUGAUUAUGAUGAAUAUUAAGAAGGUUUUUUCUCCCUUUAAA